AUUAUUUCGGUGUUUAUGGAUCAAAUUGAUGAGGGUGAUGAAAUUCACUAACCAGUAACCAAAUUUUGAUUACAUCGUCCUACUUCAAUAUCGGACCCACAACAUCUGACUUCUAUUAUCCUUUAACUAGCCAUACAUCACUACUCGUCUAGCAUUCUCUCUUACAAUCCUCUCCACUUCUCAUUUUCUAAACCAUUACUUUCUUGGUCUUCUGCAGUUUCAGCUCUUCAAAUAAUGGCUGCACAAAUCCCAUUCAGUAUUAUAGAUGGCAUUUUAACCAAGUUAGCCUCCUUGACCAGAGAAGAAAGAUCCAUUUAUGAUGUUCCAGAGGAGCUUAGUGACAGACUGACAAUCGUAAAAAAUGUACUUCUUGAUGCCGACAAGAAGCAGGUGUGUGACGUUGUAGUAAAAGCUUGGGUGAGGAGGCUCAAAGAUGUCGUGUAUGAUGCUGAUGACUUGUUGGAUGACUUUGCAACCCAUCAGCCGCAGCGUGGAGGAGUAGCAAGCCAGGUCUGUGACUUCUUCUCAUCUUCAAAUCAACUUGUAUUUCGUUUUAAGAUGAGUAAUAGACUCAGGAAUAUCAAAGAAGAGGUUGAUAAAAUUGAAAACCUAAUCAAUCCGCUAGCACUUGUUCAAGGGAACACAGUUCACAGCAUUGGUAAUAGGGCGCCGCCGUCAACUAAUCUGGUUGAUGACCCUCCUGUGGUGGUGGGAAGAGAUGAAGACAAAGAGGAGAUAAUAAAAUUGUUGGUGUCAUCAGGGAAUGAAAAAAAUCUUUCGGUUGUUGCCAUUGUAGGCAUUGGGGGGUUGGGUAAGACCACCCUUGCACGAUUGGUAUACGAUGAUGAAAAAGUGGUACGUCAUUUUGAGUUUAGGCUAUGGGUUCAUGUUCCUGUAGGUUUUGAUGUAAGGUCGUUGGUUAAAAAAAUCUUACAUGAAGUGAGUAGUGAACAUGUGGAAGGUUUGGACUUGUUCGAUUUGAAAGAUAAGUUGCAUGAAGAACUGAAUCGAAGGAGGUACUUAUUAGUACUGGAUGACGUUUGGGAGGUACCUAUUGAUCGGUGGGAAGAGUUGAGAAGUUUGUUGAUAGUUGGUAAUGAAGGGAGUAAAAUUUUAGUCACAACUCGAAACAGGCAAGUUGCAGAACAUAUGGGAGAUCAUUCUCCAUUUGAUUUGAAACGUAUCAAAGAAGAUGAGUCUUUGAAUUUAUUUUUGAAAAUGGCAUUUGAGGAAGGAGAAGAGAAAAAGUAUCCAAAUCUUAUAAAUAUUGGAAAAGAAAUUGUAGAGUGGUGUGCUGGAGUUCCUCUCAUCAUUAAGAGCCUAGGAGUAAUGUUGUAUUCUAGGAUUCAAGAAAGUGAAUGGCUGUCAUUUCUAGAAAAUGAUAUUUUCCCAAUUUUUAAACCUGGAAUUUUACCAGCACUCUUAUUAAGCUACAUCCAUCUUCCAACUUGUUUGAAAGAAUGUUUUACAUAUUGUGCAUUAUUUCCAGAAGAUUAUGAAAUUGAGAAAAAAUCAUUGAUCCAAUUAUGGAUGGCCCAAGGUUAUAUUCAAUCUUUAAAUGAUAAUAAUGAGCAAUUAGAAGAUAUUGGAGGAGAAUAUUUUGAUGUAUUAGUUUCAAGGUCAUUUUUUAUGGUUGAGAGACAUGCAUAUAAUAAUAAAGAAUAUUAUAAAAUGCAUAAACUAAUACAUGAACUUGCACAAACAAUUAUAGCGUCUGAUGUGCCCACGCCAACACAUGAUAGGUUUGAAAUUCAAAAACCACUUGUAAAUCCUUUGAUAAAUGCUUCACAGAAAAUUUCCUUGAGGACUUUUUUCAUGGUUAAUGAGGAUGGUUUUGAAGAUGAUUCAAAAGUAAACUCAAUCAUAAACACAGUUAAUUCGAGCUCUAAGUGUUUACGUGUGUUGAGUCUAAAUAAGUUUAAUAUAAAGAGGGUGCCAAAGUUUGUAGGCAAAUUCAGUCAUUUAAGAUAUCUUGAUCUUUCCAACAAUGAUUUUAAGGUACUUCCAAGUUCUAUUGCAAGGUUAAAGCAUUUGCAAACCCUGAAAGUCAUUGAUUGCGUGAAUCUAAAAGAACUUCCAAAAGAUACAAGAGAGUUGGUUCAUCUCAGACACUUGGAGAAUGAUGGGUGUGCAAAUUUGACUCAUAUGCCAUGUGGAAUAGGAGAGCUGGCUUCACUUCAAAGCCUACCAAUAUUUGUCGUUGGGAAUAGGAGAGGGUACUCAAGGGAUCGUAAAAUCGGCGGGUUGAAUGAACUGGAAAAGCUUGACUACCUCAGAGGAGAGCUACGAAUUAAAAACCUUGAAAAUGUGUGGAAUGCUAAGGAAUCCACGGACGCAAAUUUGGCGGCAAAGAAAUACAUUAGUUCCUUGAGAUUAGAAUGGAGGGACCCUGAAGCUAACAAUGAGAGGUGUGAGGCUGCUGAAUCGGUAAUGGAAAAGCUCCGGCCACACGAUCAUCUAGAGAAGCUUUGGAUAGAUGGCUAUAAAGGUGAGAAGUUUCCCAAUUGGAUGGAUGGCUAUAACGAUGGGUUGUUUUCAAAGCUCGUUCACAUUGUUUUAUUUAGUUGUGAACGAUGCCAAAUUCUGCCACCCUUUGCUCAACUCCCUGUUCUCAAGUUUAUGUGGCUUAGUGGUCUAGAAGAGGUGGAAUACGUGACAGACUGUUCAUCGGCAACACCCCCAUUCUUCCCGUCUCUUCAAAUGCUCAAACUCGAUAAUUUGCCUAAAUUGAAGGGGUUGCGGAAGAAAGGCUCAUCAUCAGAGGAAGAUCCUUCAUUUCCUUUUCUUUCAAAGCUAGAUGUUGGUUUUUGCCAUAAAUUGACAUCAUUGACACUGCAUUCAUCUCCUUCCCUUUCAGAGGCAUCAUUGACACUGCAUCAUUGUCUUAAUCUGAAAUCAUUGACACUGCCUUCAUCCCCUUGCCUUUUGGAAUUAUCUAUCACUUGCUGCAAGUUGGAAUCAUUGGAACUACCUUCAUCGGGUCUUUCUAAAUUAUAUAUCACUGAAUGUAAUGAUUUGAAAUCCUUGAAUCUGCAUUCAUCUCCUGAUCUUUCUCAAUUAACCAUACGGGACUGCCAUAACUUGACAUCCUUGGCACAACCUCCAUCUUCUUGUCUUUCUCAAUUAGAGAUCAGAGAUUGCGCUAAUUUGACAUCCUUUGAACUGCGGCAUUCAGCUCCUGAGCUUUCUAGUUUAGAGAUCAGAGAUUGCCCUAAGCUGACUUCCUUGAAAGUGCCUUUAUUACCUCGUCUUGAGAAACUGCACUUGAAUACACUCAACAAGGAGGUAUUACAGCAGUUUCCGUUUGUCUCUGCUUCUCGACAUACAUGAUAUGAUUUCCCCGGAGGAGCUGCUUCAACAUGUUGCCAUCCUCCAAACUCUCAUAAUUUGCUACUCUUCGAGUUUGGCAACUUCCUCACAAUUACAGACCUUGAAAUUGUUGACUGCCCUGAACUGAAAUCAUUGCCAGAAGACAUGGGUUGCCUCAAAAACCUGCGGAUAUUCCUAAUCUUCUAUUGUCCCUGGGAGGAAAUACGUGAAGACUGGCAAGAUUGCUCAUGUCCCGGAAAUUCAUAUUCGGUGAAGUUUUGAUCCAUGCAGAAAGCCAUUCAGCUUAAAAUCACUGCAAAAGGGAUGCCAUAAUAUUGAAUCGGCCUAAAGAUUUCACAUGGCCCAGAGAUUCAUAUCUACUAGAUGGCUAGUGCAGAAAGACUUCUGCUGUCUGACAUAUAUUUCAGAUGUAAUCGUUGUCAAAUCAAGGCAAAAAGGGUUUCUGGUAGACUAGUGUCUCUGUAUCAGUGGCUGCCACUUGGAAAAUUUAGAGGAACUUCAAAUUGCUGUCUGCCUUGAAUUGAGAUCGCCACCCUGAAUUCAUGAAGGACUCAUGGGCUCUUUAAUUAUGCCAUCUACAAUACAUUUCAGAUUUCACCUUUCUUAAGAAGCUUGCGAUUAUUCAUAUCUACUAGAUGACUAAGGCAUCUAGUGGUGUUUAGAAUUUCUGCUCUGCUUUAAAUUCAGUGACCACAUUGGGUGUUGUCUCUCUUAGUGGCUGUCACACCUCACUUCUCUCAAGUUAUUGAAAAUUCAAAGGCUUGGUAGCCUGAUGUCUUUGUUACAACUGAUUCAACAUAUCAUCAACCUUGAAGUCUUAGAAGCUGUCUCUACAGUUGGGGCUUCAGAUUGCUGACUGCCUUGAAUUGAAAUCACUGCCAGAAGGGAUGCACUCUACAGAAACUCAUAAUCUACAACUGUUGAGACAUAUUGCAAACAUGCCAAAAGGAAAAGAUUCGACGGACAACCUCACCAGCUUACAAAACUUCAAAUCCAUUCUUUCCCUUAAUUGACAUUGCCACUGGAACAGAUGUAUUCCCUCAACAAAUUCAUUCUUUUGCUGAACUGACAUCACAACCGGAUGAGAUGCAUUCCCUCAGCAUCCUCCAAAUACUUGAACUCUACAGUUGUCUACACCUAUUGGAAGAUGCCAAAAGGAAAAAAGGUGAACGGACAUCACUGCCAGAUAAGAUGCAUUCCCUCAGCAUCCUCCAAAAACUUGAAAUCUACAAUUGUCUACACCUUUGGAAGAUUUCAAAAGGAAACUGGUGAAGAUCGACCCAAGAUUGCUCAUGUCCUGGAAAUUCAUAUUCGGCGAAGAUCCAAAUAAUAUAGAAAGCCAUUUUCAGAUUGUAUUUAAUUACAGAUAUCAUAGUGUGCCUGGGAAAAGCUAGACAUCCAGUAGAUGGCUAAUGCAUGAUGGAAUUCAGCUUUCUUCUCAAUUCAGUAGAAUACCGAAAGUUUAAGUGAGGAGCAUAGAUUAUUGAAUCGUGUGACCGGGAAUCUCUCUCAUGUUUCUUGAGCUUGGGAAUCUAAUUGCUGUCAAAUACACAGACAGAAUGAUGUGAUAACUUUUGAGCCAAUGCUAAAAGGGAUAAUAUUGAGGAUUGGGUGAAUAUUGUCCAAGCCUUGGAAAUAUAUGUUAACAAGCUAUUGAUAGUUGGUGCAUGGAGAAAGACAGCUGACUUGCCUAUUAUGUAUUUGUUAUUCAGGUUUAUGAUUCCAACCUCUUCCUACUUUUGGUCUCUUUUUGCGAUUUGUCGCUUUGCGAGCAAUUUUUAAAAAGCUGUUACACUUUGUUUGCUAUUCAGCUUUUGGUUCUUAUGGGUAGUAGAACAAUCAAACAUUAAGGGCAUGACACAAAUUUUCAAAUCAAUGCGUAUGAGUGGGUUUAUCUUCAAGUGCCUUGUCCUUGAGGCUUUUUGUGUUAUUAUAUCAAGACAUAAAUAUUUUGUUCUUUAUUCUUGUUUCUCUUCUAGAGGAUUGAUGUGGGCAAACACACUCAAAACACAUACGUAGAUCUGUUUUAUAUAUACAAAUUGAUUGAGAGAAUGUGGAGCCCAUGAAGAGCAACUGCUGCAGAGUAUACACUUUUAUUCUAAAUAUCAAAUUUUUAGAAUUCAAAAAGAUAAACAUUUUCUACUUAUUGAUGAGAAUUCCUAUAUAGGUUCAUGGGCUACUAACAGCUGUUGGUCUAUGGUAUCAUGAGUCGCCAAUUGCAAUAGAGACAUCUCUCCAAAGGAAUUUCAACUCAGAUUUAGAUAAAUGGAGUAUGUUUAUAGGUUUCAAUUCUUGAGAAGUACUGUUGGGCAGAAUUGUUCAUUUUGACAUGGUCACAUCCUUGCUACUAUCUUUUAAGAUUAGUUAUCAAUAAUUUCCCAAAUUUGUUAUUUUUGUUUGCCCUCAAGCUCUCAUGCCCUCUUUAAAUUGGUAAGUAAUGGGUGGUUGAUUCAUGAAGGACUUAGGCUCUCUUUAAUUAAGGUAUGGUUUCAACAAAAUAUUUCAGUUUUGCAUUUCCAAUUACCUUUGUUUCUGUUUUUGUUGGUUUCAUGCCUUAUUGUUUUAUAGUCAACUUGUUAAGUGUGUUAUCCUGCUACUUCUGGUAAUACUCGUUAUGCCUUGUAGGCGAGACAUGCAUUCAUGAACAGAUACACUUAAGAGUGAGGAUAGUCUGUUUUUGUUAAACUACUUGGCUUAGCAAAGAGUGUUGUUCAAUAUUCCACAGGUAAAUGUUGACAGUUCAUGGACGGUUGAUGAAUAUGGAAAGGGUUAGCUCAUUUCAUCACUGACUUGUGCUCUCCUUACAAUCCACUACAACAUUCCUUGUUCAGGUAAUCAGCAGCAUGGUUUGUCAUGAUUCGCCCCAUUCCCGAAGGUACUCAGUAGUUUGACAAAUUCUAAGAUAUGUUGGAGGGAAGCACCACUGUCAAGGCUUGUGACAACAACAAUACUUGUUACUGAUGUAAUCACUAUCUAGCCAAUUGGAAAAGCUGUUAUAGUGAGGAUUGACUAAGGGUCACUAUGUCUUAGAGACCCAUAUUAAGAAGCUGUAGAUGGUGGAUACCUAGGAGGUUGAAUAUAAACAAGUUGCAUGAGUAACAGAUAUUACCUAAUUGGAGUUUCAUGGAUAAGUGCUGGUUCCUAGCUAUAGACAUGGUUGCAAGGAGCUGGUGGAGGAUCUGAAUGACUAUCUUUUGACUGCUGUCAAGAAUCUCCCAAAUGAGUACUCUACUGGAAAUUUUCUCCAGGUGAAUGGUUCAUACUCUGGAAGAGAGCUGUACUUGAAAUGGUGAAACUUGCUACGAGUCAGGUGCAGAAGUUGAAUAGACUGAGUGUGCAACUUUUAGUCGGUUUACCACUUCCAAAGGCCACUUAGAUCCAUUUGAUGGCCUCCAUGUUGGUACAUUUGGCCCUUAUGGAACUGAGGUGGUACAACUGAGGCUUAAAUUUGGCCACUGGAAUGAGGAGAUGAGUUCUUUGAAUAUGUUGAGGUAGUGAAGCUAACAGGAGAUCUUAAUGUCGCCAUUGUGCAGGGAAUGCUCAAUGAAUACUACACAUUAUUUUCUGAGAAGCAUUUUCAAUAUUUCUCCAGGUGAGAGGUCUGAUGCAUCAAGAGGUUGCAAACUGCUGUACCUUGCCAUGGUUCUGUAUCACGCAGGAGACAUUGCUAGAGCCAUAAUGCAACAACACAAGGAACUGAUUAUAAAUGACAUGGCCUGGUUUGGACCACCCUGAUACUGCUUACAGGAUUACCAUGUGGAGGCACCUGAAGCGCUUCUUAAGAAGACCAAGUUGCCCUUUGCUCAUGUCGCUAUUAACUGGGGAUGCUGAACUCUAUGCUAAAGUUUAUGUGGAUAUUGGUUGAGUAUCAAUAGUAGGAGCUCUUGCUCUAUCGUAUACAAAAAUUUACCUAUUAUUUGCUGAAUUCCUCAGCGAGACCUAAUUAAUAUGGAAAGAGAGUUCUUGUUCGUGUAGAAUUCACGGAUUUUGCAGUACUAUCCCCCAUUUAAUUUUAUAAGUUACUUAUUGUACAGAAGAUGUAAUUAACUUAUGAGAUAAGUUAAUUUGUAAUAUUAUACAAAGAUAUUUUUUUUGAAGUAAUUGAAUUAUGAACA